AUGGGCUUAUGGCCCAUGUGUUUUAUAUUGGUUGUUGUCAUCAUGUCUGCAAAAUUAGAAAAGGAAAGUGUAUUCGCUACAAGUAAAUCCAACGACAAAAUGAACAUCGGAACGGUGCUGUUCGAUAAAGGCACGUCUAGUAAACGUUGCUGGACCAACGACGACUUGAUAAUUUUAAGCAGUCGACAGAUGUUUCAGGAUCUAUUGCCUGCGAUGCAAACACCAAACAUACAAAGCGACAAAUACUUGGCAGAUCUAUUGAAUUACUUCAAGCUGUGCCUCGAAUACGUGAGCAACAUGUCGACGGGCAAGACUAAGCAUCUGAUGUUAAAGUCGCUCGCGGAUGUAAUGGGCGGUUACCUGCAUUCGUACGUGGUGCCGAUCACGAAGGUCUCGUAUUAUGCUGGAAGCAUCGAGUACUGCAAUGCCGAGAAGGUUUUCCAACUUUUAGCCGAGUUGAAACAGUUUUUGAGCAGCGAUGGUACUGGCUGGAGGAAACCUAUAGAAUUGGAAAUGUUCAUCAAUGUUACUCCCGUUGCUAUCAAUUACGAGGAUGCGUCCGUGGCUUGCAGUAGGCUCAUUUUUAAUCCUGCAAUCGCGACUAGGCAGACUGCUGAAGCACAUCGUGGUCGCAUUAAAGUCAAAGCAAACGUCGAGACAAACGUCGAAAGUGACCAAGGCGAUGCGGAUGUAUUGGGAACUGCACAUAUGUACUUACCGUAUUUCGACAGUAAUGUCAGACCAAAUAGCAUAGCUGUACCCUUCAAAAAUCAUAAUCUCUGGUCGCUCUACGAGGAAGAAUCCGUCGCAAUAUUAUUCAUAUAUUACGCGACUAAUGUCAAUUGUAUCUCAUCGAACAAAGAAAUUCUCGCCAACUUCAACAAGGAUUUUUAUAAAUGGUUACUAGAAUCCGUCUACCCUCGUUUAAACGAUGAUAAAUGGUAUCCGGCUUUCGGCGGAGUAUUAAGAAUCAUAGCGUUCCUCCGAGAUGCAGCAAAACAUCGGACACUCUUACGGGUAGGAAUAACGAACACUAAAAUUCAAAAAGAAUAUUAUAAUAAAAUGGCAAUUAAUUGAUUAUUAGCAGGUGCGGGUGUAUUAGAUUCACUAUCGACAGUUGAGUUAGUUGUUAUAGCAAUAUCAAGUGCAGCAUUUGUAUGGAUAUUGGUUGGACUGAGUCUGGUAUGUUACCGACACUUCCGUAAACAUCCAGAGGAAUGUUCACCUUGCGAUUCCCCGAGAUCCGACUUCGCGAUGCUCUACAAAAACGAAGAUUACUGCGAAUUCGAUACAGGUUGCUCGACAAAUUCACGCAAAAGUAUCGCUUCGAAAGUUAAAGAAUGGUGGAGACAGAAAUUCAAAACUUGUCCUGGUGGAUGUGAUAAAAUGUUGACGACAGAAACGUGCGUAGCUUCCGGGAAUUAUUACAGUAAAGACUCGCUGUGCUCUAAUGCACGUAGAUCAUACAAAAGGCGAAAAAAGAGAUUCAAAUCGGUAUCAGCCUCCCCCUCGCCAAGCAGUUCUCCCUGCGCCUAUUACACAAACAAAAGAUACCAUUACAGUUCUGACAUGUCUAGCAGCAGCUCUGAAAGUUCAUUCAGAUAA